GCUAUGAAACCAGGAAAGUCAACUUCCGUGGCGCUCGCGCGAGGGGAAACAGUUUUCCAUGAUAUCUUAACGACAAUUUUUUCCCCAAUGUUGAAAUCAUUUUCAAACAGGAUACGCUCUCUCUGGCAUAAUCAACCUCAUGAAGAGCAGCAGAGUUCAGAAAGAAAGCGGAAAAGAUCGGCAGACAAUCCUGAUGACGACGACUCUGAUGUGGAAAUAAUAUCAGUAAAGAGACCUAAAGAAGAUAUAAGCUCCUCUCAAAGCUUUUUCUCCUUCAUCACUCUUCCAAUGAGUAAGAUGUCAGAAUGGGUACGGAAGAAAACAAUGCCUCAAGAUAAUUACUACUCACAUCCCAUACAGCAGCACAGUCGAUGGAGCAGAGGUGGCCAACACUCUUCAAGUCAGUGGGAUCGAGAGAGGGAGAAGCAGAGACUCGUUGGCCAAAGUAGCAGUACUACCAGCACUGCUACAAAUGGAAACUCUCCACAUUCACACUCAAGAAAUCUGGACCGUUUGGGAAGGACACCUAUCUGUAGUCAGAAUGGAGCUGACAUGAACGGCGACCUGUACAUAGUAGAGAGACCCAGCAUUACAGACAGUUCAGCACAGUCAUCACGACGAUCAUCCUUUUCAUCCUCUAGAGCUGGGCAUUCUGGCAAGAAGACUACUGUUGAACAAUGUUUCAAGCUGAAGGAGCGUGAACAGUAUCUUAAGUUACUACAGCAGCACACCACAGUCGACUUGGGUUAUCACAAUAACCACAGUGUGAUUUCCCCCAGUCAUCUGGUGUCAGUUAACAAUGAACAUCAGGCGCACAGAACUCUUGAGACACUGCAGCCAGAAACUCCCAAAGGUCAUUCUAAUGUGUUGAGUGUUGUAAAGUCCGAUAAAACACAGACAUCACGGUAUCGUGCUGCACCUAGCAGAGUGCUGCAAGCAACAUCUGUUCUUGAAACUGUAGAUGAUUCAGCAUUGUCUUCUAAGUCAAGGAGCAUGCAUGACAUUUUUAUAGUGCCAAGAGUACCAGGGAAAACAAUGCCAAUCCAUUCAACUCCUCUGCCCCGCAAAGGACAGCAGUAUCAGAAUUGCCCACAAGCUAUUUCAAAGGAAAAGGCCAUACAAAGACCUGAAAGUGACAGACCCUUGAAUAAAUCAAAUACUGGACAAACAUCCAGACCACCCGUCUCCCUUGAUUUUAAGUCCUCAGAAUAUUUGAAUGGUGACUGGCUUUCUAAAAUGAGUAGUAAAUAUGAAGAAGCAGAAAGGGAAAGAAAACGGCUAAUCAAAGAAGCAGAAGCAAAGAAAAAACUCCUCGAAGAAAGGAGAGAAAGCAGACUUGGUAAUCUGGACAAAAAGCUACGAGAACAAAUGCGCCUCUUUGACGAGGAACAAGAAGUCAUUGAAGAAACACCUUUGCCAAAACUUGAGGAAGAAACAAAGUUACCAGAACUUACAGAAGAAAUGGAACGAGUGAUUAAUAAAGCCUUUGAUGGAGGCCCACCAACACAGAUUCUCUCGGAGGCAUUCCGUCUUCAAAUCAGACGAUCUGAUAUCGCUACACUCCAUGGUCUUAAUUGGCUUAAUGAUGAAGUCAUUAACUUCUACAUGAAUCUGUUAAUGGAACGAGGCCAGCAGCAAGGCUUCCCCAAGGUGUAUGCCUUUAACACCUUCUUCUACCCCAAGCUUACAAGUGGUGGUCAUGCAGCUGUCAAGAGAUGGACUCGCAGAAUAGACAUUUUUUCUCAUCACUACUUGAUAAUGCCAGUCCACCUGGGAGUCCACUGGUGCCUCUGUGUUGUGUUCAUGAAAGAUAAAAAAAUUUGCUACUAUGACUCCAUGGGGGGCAACAACGAUCAGUGCCUAAAUGCUGUUAGGCAAUAUUUAUAUGAUGAGAGCAAGGAAAAGAGAAAUGUGGAGCUUGACCUUUCUGAGUGGACGACAGAAAUCAUAAAGGACAUUCCACAGCAAAUGAAUGGAAGUGACUGUGGCAUGUUCUCAUGUAUGUAUGCUGAAUGCAUCACUCGAGGUGCCAAAAUCACUUUCUCUCAGAAAGACAUGCCCUAUUUUCGGAGACGAAUGGUGUAUGAGAUCUUGAAAAAGAGACUACUUUGAUAGCAGCCACCCAUCUGUAGCUAGGGUGCAAGGAAGAUGUGGCCAAGUGUCCUGGAAGUUGUUUGGAGAAUGUGUUACAGUACGGUGAUGACUGCAGUAUAUUGUGUGCUUGAGAAUCCUGAAUGUGUUUGACUUUUCUGCAACCAGUUCUGCAAGAUCUACCGAUCCUUGUGGUGCUGGUGGUUGUGUUGGUGGCAGCAUCUUUGUGCAUAUGGAAGUUUUGUCAUCUGUUUGUCACUGAGAACAUUUUUAAGAAGGGAAAUCAUGAUUGUCUACAUAUAUGCUUUUCAGAGAUCUAUAUAAUCCCUGUGGCAGCAGUGUCUUUCUGGAUCUAGGAGCUUGGCUAUUUAUUCAUUAUUUCAAAAAUUACUUUUGUAUAAAAAAUCCCAGAAAACAUCAGCAAAACUGUCACAACCUGAAUUAUUUUUGGGGUGGAAGAGAAAAGAAAUAUAUAAUUUCUACGGGUUACAGAUGAAGAAUGAUGACUUCAUGUGGAUAGUGAGUGAGCUCUGAUUAAACCAGCAUAAGUUCGCCCACAGUGACUGUUGUGGAGUCGCUUCAGUUGUGCAUUGAUUUCAGUUGACUUUAGAGACUUGCAGCAUUGCUUUCUCUCCUGCACACCAGUUUUUUUCAUUGAUCCUUGUGGAUGAUACACUAAUGAUGGCCUUCUUGGGACUAAAAAAAACCCAAAACUUUUCUUCUUUAGGCCAUCUGUAUGUUGUUAGUAUGGAACCAUAGGUUGUGCCGGAUUUCUGUCAUGGCUCACUAUUUGCUUGGAUUUUUUUUUUAUAAAACAUUUAGGAUUACUGAAAAGAAAGAGCCAGUAUUGAUUUAUUUAUCAUCAUCCUAAUGUGUGCCUUUAGAAUGCAGUUUCGAGCACUUGCCACUGCAUCAUUAUCGGUUCUGGAGAGUAACUUUCAUCUACAAGCCUCAAUUUGCUAUAUCUGUAAAGGCCUAUCUUCAUAUCUUUGGUAACUGUCAGCUUUUUUUUUCCAAAAGAACUUUCAAAAAAACUUGUUGAAGCUAUAUAAAUAGGACUUGGAUAACUGCAUAAGCAUAAUUCCAAUGACAAAAAUUAAUCAGGAAAUUUUUUUCCGCUUCCUCACUCUUCUUCAGCAGCUGUUCUAUUAAACACAAUUUUAAUACUGCAAAAAGUUUUUUUGCACAAAAUGAAAAUAUAAAAUCCACAAUUCAGCCAGCUAACUGAAAUGUGCAAUACGAAAAUAAAUUAUAGUAAGCAAAAGUAUAUGCACUGUAAGUCCUUUGUAAAUUUUUUUGCCUGAGUGAAGACAGUUUGAAGUGUUUUCAACAUUUUGUUUUUUUAGCAUAACCAAUGGUCAAAAGGUGUACACCUUGACUACCAUACCACUUGACUAUCAGGAAGGUGGGAAGAAGACCCCCAUAUGAAGAGACAGCUUAAUGAAUCUUCUGUGCAAUAUUGCAACAUAUACCAGGUUCAGUCACAUCAACACAGUCUUGUAUGAACUGUGUAUGAUAACUUUUUUAAAAUUUUUUAUUUUUGAUCAAUUAGUGGAUGCUAUAGCUUAGUUAAAAGAUUUACCACUAAUUUUUUUUAUAUUUAAAACUAAGGCUAAACUUUGAGAUUAUGUCAUAUUUUAUGGCAGCAAGAGAUGAUCUGAAGGAUGAUUAACAUAGUUUGAUUCGAUGUGAUUCUUGAUCAUCCAAACAAAAUUAAAGCCCUGUUAUAUUCUACAUCUCCAUGUUUGAUGUGCACUGCACUUGAGCAAGUCUUGUAACAGGUCACUUUAGGUUCCAUUUACUUCAAGACAUUUUUUACUAUUCUGAUUGCCUGUACUUGAUUGGAAUGGCUUUUGUAAUUUGCAUAAAUUUGAUGGGUAAAGAACUAGAUGCUAAAAUGACUAAUUUCCCCUCACAAAGACAAUAAUUUCAUGUAGGUGGCAUGAGCAAUAGAUGCCUUCAAUUAACUUAAAAAUAAUCGUACAAGAAUCCUUGAACAUUGCAAAAGAGCUAGUGGUUUCUCAUGCAAAUUCUUUAGAAAUGAGCAAUUUAAUUUGCUUUAAAGCAGCUUUCAAGGUCUUCAGUUUGAAAAUAAACUAAAACCAUUGGUGCCAUUAGGAAGGAGUUAAAGCUUUUUCUUGAUUUUUACGAAAAGAAAACAUUGCUUUAAUCCAUUUCUUUCCUAUUAAAAUGGUAAUGAUCUUUUGACCGAUGGGAGAAAUCUGGGGACUUUGUCAAUUGUAUUUGGCAUUUAAAAAUUAAUCCAGUUCAUUUAUUGCCCUUGAAAUACUUUUUAACAUCACUGAAUUUGAUAAUGGCUGGUAAUGUCAUGGUAUUGGAAAGAUGUAAUUUUAUGACAAGGGAAAGUGUAUUCAUUUCUUGACAAGGACCCAUUCUGUCACUCAGGUAACUUGGUAUUUUUUGUGCUUUGUGUUGUCAUCAAUGAUUUGUGGCUAGGCUCUUAAUUUUAAAAAAGUAGUUUUGCCACAUAUGGUGCUGGCAUUUUAAAAGAUGUGUAUGAAUUUUCACUGCCAUUCUUUUUUUUUUUGUACAGUAAAAUGUACAGUGAGACUGAACUUUGUUUUGAGAAAAAAAAAUAAAAAAGUAUCUCAGUGUUGGGAAAACAUUAAACUUUGGCUUUCUGUCUCUUUUUCUUUUUCCUUCUCCAUCUCAACUAACCUCUUCCCCACUACCCUUUAACUUUCCUUCCAGACAAAUGGUUUUGCACCAACUUAAUUCAUUUAAGCAUCUUUGAUCUUAAAACUGACAAGCAGUUUGAAGAAAACAUUAAUGUAUUGAGCAUUAGGAAGGGUCUUAUGACUUUGCGAAGAUUUCAAGCAAUUUAGAGCGUUUAGAAUUUAUUAUAAAAUUGUCUUUUAAUUUCCUUCCUUCGCUAACCCCUCCCUUACUCCAAUGUAUAGCACCAGGUUGACAUCUUCUGACAGACUUUUCACUGGCCAUGCACCAUUCCCUGAAUGAUUGAAUGUAAAAAUCAAUGUGCUAAGUACUGUUGAGUUUUUCCCUAACUAUCAAAUCAGCAACAUACCAGACUGCAUGAGUUCAGUCUCAGCACAUGCUAAACUGCUGAGUGUAACAGUGCUGACACCACCCAAACCACACAUUAAACUUUGCCUGAAGUGUAUACUUGACUGGCCAGUCUCCAUAGCCUGGUGGUUAGUGUGCUUAGCCAUCGAGAAGGCUUUUGGUUUAAGGCCUACUUGAGCUUGUGGCUGUUUAAUAGCAGUGUUUGAUUAUAUCAGGGAAGGUAAAGAUGGUAGAAGGGAGGGGGGAUGGAUUCCACUUUUUUGUGCUGGGCCCUAAACACUGACCCACUUGCAUUCGAGGCCACUAGGCCAUGGGACUUUGACUUCUAACUACUUAGUUCAAUUUAAAAUAUCAUUGUCGGUUAAAAGUUGGGUAAAUUUAGUGAAAGAGGAGAAACUGCUUGUCUGUGAGAAGAAGACAACAUCAGGAUAUCUUUUUGAUUAAGCUGUAUUUCAGGAUUAAGAACACUGAAGCUACAUACUUGUGCACACUCCAGAGAUUGAACACUGAAAAUAUAUCAUUUCUACCGUAAAUGGGGCAUUCAACAGUGAAAACUUGUUUAAUUUAUUGCAAACUCCUGAUGCAUUAUUUACAGGGCUGGCUGACUUGCCGUGAUAUAGCCUUAGUAGCUGGCUCAGUGUAAAACACCAUUUCCCACUCCCUGAUGCAUUAUUUUGAUGUCUUUACAUCUUUCUGACAAUUUUUUUCUUUCCUUAGUUUAAAGAGGAAUUUUGUGCAUUUUUUUGGCUGGAUAGGAAUUUAGUUUUACUUAGUUUGUACCAUCACCACUGGGUGAUUUGGUUGAAUGUUAUUUGUGACAUGUUAAUAGUGGAUUGAACAGAUAUAAAUCUGGACUGAGUGAAUGGAGAAACAAUUUAUUGGCUUGUGGUUCAGAAUGAUGACCAAUACAACGCUGCAUGUUUUGGGGUCCCUUCCUUAGUGUACAUAAAAUAAUGAAAGGGCCAUGUAAUGUACAAAGUGUUAUAUAUUCAGCUGUAAUGAAGCUUCAUUUGGUAUGUUUCCAGUGUACAGUAAACCACUGGCUUGACUUUGACUGGGACAGUAAAAGAAUGACCCAGCGUU